AAGGAGUCUAGCUGUAAUAUACAGGUAGAGAUCUACAUUGUUUACAUGUUGCUAAGUGAAAAUAACAAGAUGGCUGACCUGUUAUAUCUUGUCUUUAAGUAUUUAUGUGUAAUUCAAGUCAUAUUAUAUUUCUGAAGGAAAGAAAAAGAACACGUUAUUCAAUACAUUGAAGUAGGUUAAAACAACCACAAGACAUACCACAAUGACAGAACAAGUAGGACAAGAACUUCACGAAUUAGACAUUAACAAAGAAAAUUCCAAUGUUGAAACCUCACCCAGUCCAGAUUUAUCAGAAGGUAUUCCUGGUGUUGUAAAUGAGGGAUUUCAACCAGAAUCUGCAAAUGUGCAUAGCACAAAAUUUGGAUCUGCAGGCAGUCCCGAGGAAGAGUUACCUCCUCUUACCUUUGUCGACUUUAUGCCUAGAUGUAUUGGUUAUGAAGAAACUGCUGAUGGCAAAGAACCAGAAUUUGCUCAGUUCAGAACUGUGAUGGAACAAGCUAAUCAAUGGUUAUUGUCAAUGUCACAAUAUAAAGUGUAUAAAGUAGAAACCAUUGAUAGAAAAUUAUUAUCAGAUCUAAAACUUGAUCUAGAUACCACAUUAUACCACGAAUCAAGUCAUGGUGAAACUAUUUAUCUUAGGGGAUUAAGAUUAUGGAUAGUCCCCCAAACGACACCCAAUGAAGCAGUACAACAGAUAUCCUAUAUUACAGUAUUACCUGAUCAAGCUAGUACAGGAUCUAAAGAAAACUUUGCUUCUUUAGCAUUAUCAUCAAGUUUUAGAAUGCGAGCUGAUCGACCAGUACCUUUCUUUGAUGAUAUAACUUCCACUUUUUCCAAAUUAAAUCGACAUUUACAGAGUAGACCAUUACCAGGGAAGAUAUUAAAUAUUGAAACUUUCCCAUUGAAAGUAAUGGAAUCACUAAAACCUACAGAAAAACCUGAUGUAGAGAAAUCGUGCUGGUCAGAUAUGGGGAAAUUAAGUCGUUUGUUUAUAUAUGCUAUUAGAAUAUUCUAUAUUCCUGGUGAACAGAAAUUUGAGACAGUCGGAUUCCACGACGAAGAACCACACAUGGUUCAAAAUUCAGAUGGAUUAGGAGUUCGAGUCAAAUAUUCACCCUUUACACAGGUAGUCGGUAAAACAGCAAAAUGGAUUAAGGAACAAAAGAAUAUUCGAAUAGUAAAUCUACAGUCUUUAAAUAUUAAAGUUGACAAGAGAAGUGACGGAAAUGUAACUUUAAAAUCAGAUAUAUCAGGAUACGGUGAACUACCAUUUACAGAAUCACAAUAUGUUAAAAUACUACGAACAUAUUAUGUUAAUGAACAUAAACCAGCAGUGCCUGAUCUGUAUUCAUCAUAUAACCUAACUACCAGAUUAUUUGUACCUAUUCGACAUUCAGGAAGAGAAUUCGAAGCUUUUUCUAAAACAAUGCAGAGAGCUAUUGCCUGGCUGCAAGUUACAAAAACACCGCUAUUUGGUAUGGAAACUGUACAGUAUAUAGUCAAUCCUAACAGUGGUGGAAGUGGUGUUAAUGAGAACAGAGUUGAUGUUAAUGUGAAUAAAAAUACUGGUCGCUAUCAUUUAACAUGUAUCAGGUUAUAUUUUAGUGAAAAUUUUAAAGAACCUUCAGGAGAUCUAUUACCUAAAGUUGCUGAAGAUGAGGCUGGAUGGGGCUGUAUUAUUUCUUAAGUAAUCUCACUCGCAAAUGUAACGAACCUCUUUCACUAUGUGCAAUUCUCUUGAUCUGUUAUUGCCAUAACCAUAUUCAUUAUAAAUAUGUUGUUUUGUUAUUAAAUUUAUUCAAAA